AUGGGUAAACGCGGUAUCAUCAAGCACCAGAAGCGUCUGUCAGCGCCCAAGCACUGGCUGCUCGACAAACUCUCCGGUUCAUACGCACCCAAGGCCAGCGCCGGUCCACACAAAUUGAGGGAUUGCAUGCCCUUGAUUGUCUUCAUCAGGAAUCGUCUGAAGUAUGCGCUCAACUCCCGCGAAACCAAGGCCAUCGUGAUGCAGCGCCUCAUCAAGGUCGACGGCAAAGUGCGCACCGAUGCCACCUACCCAGCCGGCUUCCAAGACGUCAUCGGCAUCGAGAGGACGGGCGAGAACUUCCGCCUCGUCUACGACACCAAGGGCCGCUUCACCGUCCACCGCAUCACAGAAGAGGAGGCUGCAUACAAGCUGGGCAAAGUCAAGCGUGUUCAGCUGGGCAAGGGCGCCAUUCCAUUCUUGGUUACGCAUGAUGCUCGCACUAUCCGAUACCCCGACCCCGCCAUCAAGGUCAACGAUACCGUCAAGAUUGAUCUUGCUACUGGCAAGAUCGCCGACUUCAUCCACUUCGACACUGGCGUGAUCGCCAUGGCCACGGGUGGUCGCAACAUGGGUCGUGUAGGCGUCAUCACCCACCGUGAACGCCACGACGGAGGUUUCAACAUUGUCCACAUCAAGGACGCCAUUGACAACGAGUUCGCUACCCGUGAGACCAACGUCUUCGUCAUUGGGCGCGAGAAGCCUUGGAUCUCUCUGCCCAAGGGCAAGGGUGUCAAACUCAGCAUUGCUGAGGAGAGGGAUCGCAGGAGGGCGUAUGCUCUGGCUGGUCACUAA